AUGGUUUGGCGGGACACGCACUUUGUUUGGCUUGAAGACUCCUUGCGCGAGGGGCAUGUGGUCCACACCGCCUGGGGUCCUUCCGAACGCUGGGAGGAACUGGGCGCCAAUGACGCGCAUGCCAAGCACACUCUCCUUGGAGGCGCUUCCAGGGCUCCGGCGUAUGGAUUGUUGAACGAGGGCAGCCAGCGCCAGGACAUCCUGCAGAAUCUGCUGAAAAGACUUCACCAAAGCCGUGGAGCGAAGCAGAUCCAUGUCGUGGAGAUUGGCGUCUUUAGGGGAAGUUUGUCCAAGGUCUUGUUGGAGAAGCUUCCCUUUGUGACUUUACUUGGCAUUGAUCCGUACAUUGGCAAAGACGGUACUUUUCCUGGAGACUUUUCAGAGACGAUGGACCCUGAUGUUGCCUUCUCACAGGCAAGUAGUAUCUACGAGAACUUUCAAAAUCGAGCUCAACUUCUGCCCGUCACUUCAGACGUAGCAGCCAGGAGUAUUCCAGAUGGCAGCAUCGACGCCAUUUUUGUUGACGGCUGCCAUUUGUACGAGUGUGUUGACUCGGACCUCCAAAUUUGGUUGCCAAAGCUGUCUGGUGCAGGCGCGCUCGUUGCAGGACAUGACUUCUCACCGCAAUGGCCAGGAGUUGUGAGGGCUGUGCACGAGCACCGCCUAGAUGCACAACGGGUGGCUUACAGAGUCCCUGGAGCUCCAAACGCAGAAUGGGUUGACAUCUACAACCGCCUGUACCGAGAAAGAAUCAUCUUUAUUGGAAAGGAAAUUGAUGACAAGUUGGCGAACGAGGUCAUUGGAGUUUUGUUGUAUUUGGAUUCCGAGGACAACAACAAGCCCAUCUACUUGUACAUCAAUAGCGCGGGCGGCUCUGUGAUUGCGGGCCUGUCCAUCUACGACACCAUGCAGCACAUCAAGUCGCCGGUGAUCACUAUCAACGUCGGCCUUGCUGCAUCAAUGGCGUCUUUCCUACUGGCAGCGGGUGAGAAGGGCAAGCGCAUUGCCCUGCCGCAUAGUCGGAUCAUGAUCCACCAAGCCAUGGGCGGAGCUCAGGGGCAGGCCGAGGACAUCAAGGUUGAAGCCCAGCAGAUUCUGCAAAUCCACGAGAACAUCGUGAGGAUGUAUGCCCGGGUGACGGGCAAGGACCAGGACACCAUCCGAAAAGACCUCAUGCGCGAUAAUUUCAUGUCAGCAGAGGAGGCGAAGGACUACGGCCUCAUUGAUCAGGUGAUCCAGCUGGCAGAUGCUUCCGACCUGAAGGCGGUGGCUGAGAAGGUCUCAGAAGCCGGGGAAGCCCCCAAGGAGUCUGCGGCACCGCCAUCCCCCCCACCGGAGGUCCCCGACAAAUCGGAUGAUGGAGACGAGGACGCUGGGCUUUGA